AUGCUUAGCAGGGCGGCGAGGCUCUAUCAGCCCACGUUGCGGAAGUCUGUUCAGGUUCGAGGUUAUAGCAGCAGCGACUCAUUCAUUCAGCAUGUCACCAAAGUAGACACCUCUCACGGGAGCAUCGACGUGCAGCGCUUCAGGGAGCUGGCCUUCGACGCAGGCAAGCCUUUACUUCUGAAAGGACCCCAGGAUGGGCAUAAUUGCAUGCCGGCUAUGGAGAAAUGGUUCCAGCCCGUGGAUGAUGCCCACAAACCUCCCGUCACAGUUACAAUUUCCCCUUACUUUCAGGGCUUCUCCAUGGCUCAUGUGCCUUACGAGCUCAUGUACCCGCAGCUGCGCGACGGCGCGGGAGACGUUGUCAGCCAAUUCGUGGACUUUCUCGAGUCCGGCAGCGAUAACACCGCAGGCGAGAGACUCGAGCGAGCUCUCGCCAGCCACCUGCGCCAGCAGCUCCUGAUGGUGGGCGCAGAGCCUCGAGGCGCGGGCGGCGCCGCCCACCAACAGCGCCUCCUCCGCUUCGAUGCCCCUCUGGCCCUACUCAUCGCCGCCCUAAGGUACAACUCCCAGACAGAGGAGCCGUCCCGCCUGCGGCAGCUCUACAUAGCCCAGUCUUCCCUGGACGACCUGCCCGCGGAGCUGUCACGGGACCUGCCCGCCCCCCGCGUCGUGGCGGAGGCCGGCGGGGGCGACAUCUACGCCUCGUCGGUCUGGCUUGGCCUGGAGCCGACGUACACGCCCCUCCACCGUGACCCGAACCCGAACCUGUUCGUCCAGCUCCGGGGCUCCAAGGCCGUCCGGCUGCUCCCGCCGCAGGAUGGGGACACCGUCUUCCGGCAGGUGCAGGCGCGCCUGGGGCGUUGGGGCGGCAACUCUCGGAUCAGGGGCGCCGAGAUGAUGGAGGGCCCGGAGAGGGAGCUGCUGCGCGAUAUUGUUUGGAAGGAGCCGGGCUUGCCGCUCCAGGAGACGCAACUGGGGCCUGGAGAUGCGCUGUUUAUCCCGAAGGGCUGGUGGCAUAGUGUGAGGAGUCGAUUUGAGGACGGGCGGCUGAACGGGUCUGUGAACUGGUGGUUUCGGUGA